UUCAUAAGUACAUUUUGCUAAUUUUAUUAGUAAAGAAGGAUUACAUGUUGAUGUUAUAUAAGAUAUUUUCAUUUAAGUGUUUCGAUGAAGUGGAAGUUUCAACAGCCUAGGUUCUGUUCUUUGUUAUUCAUCAUUAUAACGUUCGUGUCAUGCUUCACGUUCGUGUUUAUCUGCAUUUUAGGUACUAGAAAUUCAUACGAUUACAGUUCGGCRACAACAUAUACGAAGGCGGAAAUGGAACGCUUAACUAGAUUGAAUGAACUGAAUGACAAAGGCAUAAAGAACAUCGAGAAUUUCGGUCCGGUUUUCGAAGCGAUAGUGAAGUCGUUGAAUGUUUCCGUUUCUAAAGGAAUGGAAUCCUUAAUGGGUGCUUAUAAACUUGUGGAAUUGGUAAGGYCGUCGAAGACACAUCUUGAUAAGUUUACAUUUUUACCCCCACUAUGGUCCCAAGAGGAUUAUUUGAAGCCAUUGAUUUUACAAUCCAGGGGCAGAAAAACAGUGUCUAUGGUGUAUGGAAUUCCUACUGUUCGUCGCCAAGUAAAAAAUUACUUGAUACAUACAUUAAUUAACAUAAUAAGCAAUAUGGAUUUAAACGAACAGAAAGAUUCGUUGAUAGUAGUAAUGAUUGGCGAAACCGAUCAGAAAUACAUACAACAAGUUAGUACGGAAAUCAAAAAUCGGCUAUCAGAAGAAGUGAAUUCGGGUCUUGUGGACAUAAUUGCUCCAACYCCAGAAUACUAUCCAGAUUUCAGCAAGCUUCGGUUGACGCUUGGUGAUCCUAAAAACCGGGUCAGCUGGAGGAGCAAACAAAAUUUGGAUUUUGCUUUCUUAAUGAUGUACUGCCAACCAAAAGGGCAUUUUUAUGUUCAAAUGGAAGAUGACAUAAUCGUGAAGCCGCAGUUCCACACUAUUAUGAAAAAUACAGCUUUGCAGAGGAUAGCUAACGAACAAGAGUGGUUUAUAUUAGACUUUGGGAAACUUGGUUUUAUUGGAAAAUUGUUUAGAUGUUCGGAUUUACCGUCGCUAAUUCAGUACUUCAUUAUAUUUUACAACGAUCAACCUGGGGAUUGGUUGUUGGACGGAAUAGUAGAGACAAAAGCUUGCGGUAUUGAUAAAAAAGAUUGUCGAAAACUAAAAGACAAUUUAUGGGUUAAAUCCAAUCAAACAGUAUUUCAACAUAUUGGAACUUGG